CUCAAGCGAAGAUUGAAGCAUGAAGCUAUGGUGUGUCAAACGCUUAGCGUGCCAUGGAAACGGAAGAAGAUCGUUUGAGACUGGACCAACAGUCGCGAGACCGCAUGGCUGCGCACAUGAAAGCAGUGGAAGAAGCAGAGGCAGCUGGAUCAGGUGAUCGUGGCGCAUGGAAGUGGAAGAUACGUCAGAGGAUCUGGGAUUACAUGGAGGAGAAUGACAUUGCUGCAAACCCGCGACCAGUGCACCACCGCAUCCCAAACUUUGUGAAUGCGGAGUUGACUGCUAAGCAGGUGGCAGCGCUACCUGAGUUCCAGAGCGCCAAGUGGGUGAAGGUCAACCCAGAUCGUCCUCAAUCAGAGGUCCGUGCAACAGUGCUCCGUUCUGGGAAAAUGCUGUUGGUGCCGCAGCCAAGGCUUCGCACAGGGUUCUUCAGCGUGUUGGACCCAGCAAAGAUCCCGAUGGAUAAAUAUGGAUAUGCUUGUACACAGGCAGGCGUUGUGGCAUUUGGCGAGCCCAUUGAUCUGGAUGCGAAGCUCAAGGUUGAUAUGGUCAUCAUUGGAUCGGUCGCAGUCAAUCCUGCGAAUGGAGCUAGAAUAGGGAAGGGAGAAGGCUUUGCAGAGCUAGAGUAUGGGAUGCUUCGGCUAAUGGGGGCCAUUGAUGACACCACACCCGUGGUGAGCUGCAUCCACGAUUGCCAGCUCGUAGAUGAUAUUCCUUCUGUGUCCCUCCCGUCCUUUGUUUUUCAACGUGAAGGGAGCCGAAGGGACCAGAACCAGAAGAACCAGAAACGGCAACUUGGAUUAAAAAAAUGGUGGUUUUUCGAGGAACAACUUCUUUGCCAUGAUGUGCCAGUGGAUAUCAUUUGCACCCCUACAAGGACUAUCCGAGUUCCACCAAGUUUGCCAAAACCCACUGGAAUCUACUGGGACAAGCUCUCUCCGCAAAAAUUGGGUUCCAUCUUGAUUUUGCAGAAGCUCAAAGCCAAGCUAGAGCAAGAAACUGGCCAAAGGUUACCAUCUGGGCCUGAUGAGAUUCUUCCUCCAACCGCGCGAAGAGAUGGAAAAGGAAAAGGAGGAAAAGGCGGAAAAGGUAAAAAAGGAAAAGAUGAGGGAAGAGGAGAGAGAAAAGGAGAGAAAGGAAAAGAGAGAAAAGGAGAUGGAAGGAAAGGCAAGGCGUCACGAGAGCAAGAUGCCCUAAGGAUGGUGAAGGAUACAAGAACAGGGUAUGGCAGCAAAGGGAGCGAAGCGCCGCGCCGGCGGUGGCAGCCAAAGAUUGCCAAAGAUGUUGCAGGCCAAUGAUGCUUUGAGGAUCAAUCCGCAGUCGAGUGAGAGGAGAGAGAAGCAGCUUGCGAAUUUGGCACAGAAAUGGGC